UACCCGCCACGUAUAGGCCAUCCUGCAGCAUGCCGAGACACGGAGUCGCCGGGGUGUUCCUGGCUCUUGCGCUGGAUAGAGGAACGGAGGCGUUCACUGCCUCCCCUAACUUCGGGCGCAAUGCCGUCGUCAACACUCGGUCUCACGCCGAUCGAAGAAGCGUUUCGAUGAUGGCGGCCGCGGAAGAGGGCUCUACCGGGGGCGGGUCAAACCUGUGUCGGGGGGAGUUCAUCUCGUCCGUGGCGGCAUCCUUCGGUCUCGGUCUCGCCUUGGCGGUUUCACCCGAGGCCGCCCAAGCGAGCGUUAACUUCGAGACGGAAAGGUACGGAGACAAAGAGCUCAAGAUCGCCACCGUCAACAAGCUCAGGCAACAGAUACGCAACUCAUUGCUGGAGGACCCGAAGUUAGCGCCGGAAAUGCUCAAGCUGGCCAUCGCGGACGCCCUUGGGUUCGACGCGUCGACCCAGACGGGCGGACCCGAUGGCUCGGUGGUGCUGGAGCUGGACAGGGAAGUGGCGAAGAGCUUGAAGCCAGCGGUGGACAAUGCGUUCAAGAUCAAAAAGAACCUGCAGCGCACGAAUGAGAUGACCCUCGCCGAUGUUAUUUCCAUGGGGGGAGCGGAGGCUAUCCACGCUUGCGGAGGCCCUCCCAUGCUCGUACAGCUCGGAAGGUAUGAUGAGAAGAAGGCGCCCAACCCUGCCGCCGACAUCAAAGGAUACAGCUUCGACGAGCCCACCGGAGCCGGAGUCAAGGCCGCGUUCAAGCGGGCUGGCCUUGGGCCCAGGGAGAUGGUGCUGCUGCUGGGAGCUCUCGGAAGUGUCUCGGAUGCGGCUAGUGCUGUGGGAAAUGGCGGGGGCGACGGGGAUGAUGACGACUUGGAGGACCUGGCAUGGCAGAACAGCAUCCCCAACACCUUCGGGAAGGAGUCAGACAAGCUCGGGAGGCCGCUGUCGAACUCCUUCGGGCCGGGUUUCCUGCAAAGAGUCGCCGCGGCUGGAAAGGACGGGGGGGGGAUAGGGGUGGUGGGGAAGGCUCUCCUGGAAGAUGAUGAGGUCAAGACGUACGUCAGAAAAUACGCGGGGAACUCCAAGGCGUUCAUGUCGGAUCUGUCUGAGGCCUACACCAAGAUGACCUUACUCGGGGAGCGCUAUGAGACGCGCAACGCCAUUUAA